AUGGAGUUGGUUCCUGGAGUAGUACCUGGAGGCGAGAUCGAAUAUCAUCUGCUUCAAGGCUGUUGUUUGGAAGCAAACAGAGCUGACGUGGUGGCGUUCCACCUCGACGGACUCCGCAGCGCCUUACCUGGACCCCCUCAUCCGCAUCUGACGGUGACUAUUGAGGAGAUCCGAAUCUCGAGCCAACUCCUCCGCGAACUUGCUGAUCACUCACAAGUGCAUUUCUCCCGUGUUCCUGUUGUACUCGAUUAUCUUGAAAUCAUCCUUCCGUGUCUGUCUCGAUCCCUGCGGGAUAUUACCGGGCACUAUGAAGACAGGACCUUGACAAAGGAGAACCGAUGGAGGAAGAUGUACCACUCAAUGACUGAUGAGGCAGGGGGUCUGUCGCUUCCUCAACGAUUUCUUCUCUACAACCAUUUCCUAACUCUGUUGCGAGAACUGUUGACCAGGUCACCUAAUUUUGACCUUAAUUCCCUCGAGAGCACUCGACUUCAAGUAAUGCAGUUACGGGAAGCGAGACGAAUACCACCACCCCCAAUCCGAAUUGGUCCAGGGAUUCGCCCUGACGCCCUCCUGGAUGACAUGGACAUGACGUCGACUAUCCACUGGGCCGAGAAAAUAUUCUCGUUGCCCCUACCGUCCCGAACUGCUCUCAAGCACCAGCGUUCCUCAAAAUCGUUUGGCCCGCAUGUGCCCUGGGGACACAUCAGAAUGCCUAGCGAUGCAAGGGUUCUCUUCAUGCGUCCUUUCAAUGAUCGCCAGAUAUCUCUCAGUGUCUACAUUAGCACACGAGAGAGGUGCCCGUACUUCCUCCUUCGAAUGUAUCAUCUGGGUUCCCCAUGGUUCUCUCUGCGGGGUGCUCAUGAGCUUUGCAUUGAUCGGGACCAAAGCAGUCUCCAGUUCUGGCGAUGGAGUCCUGCUGAAGGUUGUGCAAAGCUCUGGGCCAGCCUAAGUUUCAUGACUUGGGAAGAAAUGGUCCUCCUUUAUUGCUGCUUCCUAUCGUUCAAGGCUCGAAAUAGCCUGACGGUCCAGAUUGCCCCUCAAGAGCUGUCCUUACGUGGCGAACGAAAACUCUUCCAGGCACGCAUUCUCGACGAUGGUUUCCGACACUCCCUGAUUGUCUAUGAGGAUAUAACGACCAAAGGCCUCCGCCUCCACGCCGCUGUGUGGGAUGGUGCUUUGCGGCAGUGUCCCGUCUGGACCGCUUUCAUCACCCACCAGUCCGCUUCUUCAACAUGGAUGAAGCGAGUGUCCAAGUACAAAGUCCGGUUGGCCGAUAUCCAGCUCUACGUCUUCUGUCCGGAUUACCAGCAGCAGAAUCAACGACGUGGAACUGCGGGAGCGUUUGAAAUCUGCUUUGUGAGUGAAGAGGCAUCGAAGCGCUUCAGGGAGCUCUUUUCCCCACCCGUAACCGAGUCGACCAUAACGAUCGAGACGACCGAGAAGAUUGAAAAAAGCUGA